UGGGCCGGUGGGGAGACGACGGUGGGAAGCAGCAGCUCACCCUGCGGGAUGUGGCAGAGCUCAUGCGGAAGAAGGAAUGUCGCCGAGUGGUGGUGAUGGCUGGAGCUGGGAUCAGCACCCCCAGCGGCAUCCCAGACUUCAGGUCCCCAGGGAGCGGCCUCUACAGUAACCUGGAGCAGUACAACAUCCCCUAUCCAGAGGCCAUCUUUGAACUGACCUAUUUCUUUGUCAACCCCAAGCCUUUUUUCACUCUGGCCAAGGAGCUCUACCCCGGCAACUACAGACCCAACUAUGCCCACUACUUCCUGAGGCUGCUGCAUGACAAGGGGCUCCUCCUGCGCCUCUACACCCAGAACAUCGACGGGCUGGAGCGAGUUGCUGGGAUCCCUCCCGACAGGCUGGUGGAAGCCCACGGCACCUUUGCCACUGCCUCUUGCACCGUGUGUCGAAGGAAUUUCCCAGGAGAGGACUUCAGGGGGGACGUGAUGGCAGACAGGGUCCCUCGCUGUCCCGUCUGCACCGGGGUCAUCAAACCCGACAUCGUGUUCUUCGGCGAGGAGCUCCCGCAGCGCUUCUUCCUGCACGUGGCAGACUUCCCCAUGGCUGACCUGCUCUUCGUCAUCGGAACGUCCCUGGAGGGGGAGCCCUUUGCCAGCCUGGCCGGGGCCGUCCGCCGCUCCGGUCGCCGU